AUAAUAGAAAAAGAAAAAUGGAAGCAGCAGCGCCGCGAGUGUUCAGCUCCAUUGGAACAGAAGAAGAACGAACUGCAGAAGCUAAAAGAAUCUCUGUGGCCUUUUGGUUGAUUACUGUGACUAUGGUGGCGAAUUCAAUAGCAGAUUUUGGAUGGUCAUCGAAUCUGAUCGCAUUUUUUAUAAAUAAGCUUAACAUAGGGGCCAUUGCUGCUACUCAAAUCAAUUAUUUCAUUCUUGGUUGCAAUAAUUUCUUUGUCAUUUUGGGAUACAUCGCCGCUGAUUCCUUCUCCAACCUCGUCUCUCUAAUUACUGUUUCCACCUUCAUAUCUUUUCUGGGUAUGAUCAUGCUAACCAUAACGUCAAGUAUUAAAUUGCCUUCAAACGUUUAUUCAUGGGGAGCUGUGUUUAUAAGCACGACAUUAGCUUCAUUAGGAGGAGCAUGUACGCGCUUUACUAUUGAAAAUUUGGGAAUCGGCCAAUUUGAUAGGGAACAAAAGAAUGCAGCCUUAAAUAUGAUAUUUACCCGUGCUUUUACAUUUCUCAUUGCCUUUGCACUAAGCUUUACGGUGAUGGUUUACAUCUACGAUAAUGUUAGUUGGUGUUUAGGGUUUGGGAUUUGUGCCAUCGCUAAUGCCAUUGCUCUAGUCGUCUUCUUAUCCGGAAGACGUUUCUAUUGCCAAACUAAACAGUAUGGAGGUCCGUUUACUAGCAUUCCCCGUGUUCUCAGGGAGAUAUUAUGGUCACAUAAUUUUCAAGAAGAGAAUUGUUAUCUCGGAGAUACUAUAACUAAGGUGCAAAAUUUCAGAUGUGUGAAUGGCUUGGUCACAAAAUGGAGGCGGCUAUUUACAGUGGAGGAAGUAGAAGAUCUGAAAACCCUAAUUAAAACCAUGCCAUUGUGGCCAAGUGACAUGAUCUUGUUUGCAUGUAUGAGUAUGCAUAGGGGCCUAACAGUCCUCCAAGCCCGUGCUAUAGGAAAUUGGAAUUGGAAUUCUGGUGGAAAUAGUACUAGUAAUGUUUCACCUGCGUCUUGCCUAAUGUUUAACCUAGGGGGCAUAUUUGCCGGAUACAUGUUUGGAAUCAUACCAUGCAUGUUUAUCACCGGUAAAGCUACAUCGAGGCGUCCCCUCCGACUCGUAGCAUCGAGCCAUGUUUUUAUUAUCAUAGCUAUGGUGCUCUCUGCUCUAGUGGAGCCAGCGAGACGUCGUUUUGGGGAUUCAUCACUCGGAACCGAAGCUAAAUCUUCAUGGCUUGAAUUACAGUUAAUUAUAUUAGGGUGUGGACAGUGUUUUUACAUGAUAGGACAAAGUAUAUUAUAUACUCGAGAAUUCCCAUGUUCGGCAUUAACUGUCUCCGCUUCUAUAUAUGCGUUGUUAAGCGGAUUUGGAUAUCAUAUAAGUGCAGUAAUUACCGGUUUACUGCUUGCAUUCACCGGAUGGUUACCUGAUGAUAUUAAUCAUGGCAGACUGGAUUAUGUAUUUUGGAUGUUGGCAGUACUUGCGGUGCUCAACUUUGGAUACUUUCAAAUUUGUGCCGCCAACUAUAAGUAUCUGAUAGCUCUUGAUGAGGAUGACGAUGGUGCUUUUGCCAGCAAAUUUACUUUUUCUCGCGUUAUCGAUAUGUUUGGGUUUGAUCAUUACGGCUAUAUUUUAGCUUGAGUCGCAUUAGUAAAUU